AGUGUUGAUUUGAAUUCUAAAUUAUGAGGGAAAAUAACGAGGACGAGGAGAACCAAAACCAAGGGAAGGUACAAGAUCAAAAUGAGCGAACCAGACUUUUGCCUGAAGGUUCUCAGGGGCACGGAGAGGAUCGAACAAACUUUUUUCUUUCUCCAUCUUUAAAUUCUAUAGGAGAUAUUCAUAGUAUAUCAAUGCCAGACAAUCAUGUUUAUCCUUACCUACCCUCUGCACAGGAAACUGUUUAUCCGCCUCCUAUGGGACGGAAGAUGUCAAGAAUCCGGACGAACUCUGUAAGUAUUCUGAAUGACGAUGGAGACGAUGUAAUUGCUACUAGCUUUGGCCCUGUUGUAAUGGAUCAUGCUCCCAGCAGUAAUCUAGACUGGUUGCUUGGAUGGUUUCUCGCAAUAAUAAGUGGAGUUCUGUUUACUGCGAAUAAUUUCUUCGUCAAGUAUUUAAGUUUGGAGGCUCUGGAGAUGUUAACGAUCAGGUCUUCAAUGCAGACAAUUGUUAUUUUGAUAACUCUGUUGUCCACUAGAACUCCAAUUCUACCCCCGUCAAACAAGGAUCGAGUCCUAGUGGUUCUACAAGGCCUUCUAAGUGGAGUUAGGGUGUUUUUACAGUUUGCCUGCCUCUCCUUCAUGCCCCUGGGGGAUGCAUUGACGCUGGUAUUUACAGAGCCACUCUGGACUAUUAUCAUUUCAAAGAUUAUCCUAAAAAUAAAUAUAGGAUGGUGGAAGACGAUAUUUGGAAUAUUUCUUCUAAGUGGAAUGGUUCUUUGUAUUCAGCCCCCGUUUAUAUUUCACCCUCUUCCUCCGUCUAAUUCGUCUUCAAAUAACUCAGGCUUUGCUAACGAGACUGAUUAUUCGAAUACUACAUUCCAACCUCUUGAUAUUUCCACAAAAUUCACUACUCAACCAUCAUUUUAUAAUCAAACAAGCAACCAAUUCUUCAACACUGAAUUAAGUGAACUCAAUCUUAACCAUACAGCAACUUAUCCUAAAUACACAACACCUAAUCCCCAAUACACAAAUACGCAAAAUAUAAACUCCAUCUUCAAUCGACACUCCGAUGCUCCUAAAAAAGAACUACCAUCGAAUAAAAUACCGAAGCCAAACCUACUUCACAAGUUUAAACAGAUUACAGGUUUGGAUAGACUUCAACUCCAGUAUGUAGCUAGGCAGAGUAUUGAAGAUAAUGAUGGUGGAGGGGAUACACCUGGAACAGGAAGAUAUUAUAUAGGUGUCCUUUUGGCAUUGGGAACUGCAGUUACAGGAUCUCUUGCUAAUGUUAUAAUUGCUAAGUGUGAUCACGUGGCAAGCAGUGUUAUGGUAUUUUACUCUGGGUUAGGAGGAGUUAUACUGGGAGUUUCCUUCAGCUUCAUGGAUCCAGACAAUAGACUAGUGUUCGAUAUAGCUAGUAUACCUGCUGACAAUUGGCUGGUUCUAAUCUUACUUGGAGCUAGUGGACUUAUUGGUUACUAUGCUAUGACAAGAUCUCUUCAACUUAUACCACCAACCACAGUAGCAGUCCUCAGAGCUUUAGAAAUUAUUCUUGCAUACGUUGCACAGGCUGUUGUAAUGGGUGAGAUACCGAACCCUAUGGCAAUAUCUGGAUCUUCUAUUGUAAUGCUGUGUGUUAUGGGAUUUGCUCUGGAGGAUACGUUCACGUCCUGUUGCUUUACCAACAGAUGAUUUUAUUCUGGAUGGAAAAUAUAUUGCAACUGUAGUGCAACAAUCUGAAUAAUGAUGUAUGUACAUCGUACAGUUUAGUGUACACACACAUGAAAAUCAAACAUCUUAACAUCUAAGGUUUAUUAACUAAAGGUAGGGAGGAUAGAGUUUUUAAACGUAUUUGACUGAAGUAUUGUAUUAACUAGUUUAUCAAACCAAUAACUAAGAUUGUAAACAAAAGUCGGAACUUUCCCGGGCUUGUUUACUCGCUUGUUUAUUUACCUUAAACCAGUUCAUAAAGGCCCCUAUAGAAUAUACAGAAACCCUAUCCCACCUCCCUACUUUUACCUUGUUUUUAUCAAUGUCAUUAUUUAAACGUUCAUUAGACAUGUACAGGGUUACCCACAAAGGAUGACACUUCCAGGACUACUAAAAACUCUCAAAAUAUGACAAUUUUAAAGUUUAUUUAUGUCUUCUGUCCUGAAUAUUUUCUUUAAAUGGUUCAUCUGAUGAUAUGGCAAAAGAAGGAAAUGUGUUUACAGUUGCAGGAAAUUAUAUAUGUAAGGAAACAGACUUAAUUAACAUUUUGUAUUGUCGUUUCUGAACUCUCAUCUUUUGUAGUUAACCCUGUUUAAACAGUGUACAUUGUAUAUCAAGAUGUCCACAAAUGGCAGAUACGAUUUGGAUUAAUAGCAUGGAAACAUAUUCAUUUCUCUGAAGUCUUGUGUUGUGAAUCUCGGAUCAAGCAUUGAUCUCCAAUUUUCAUCUUAUGCAGGGAUAUCUUUAAAAGAGAGAUCAAGCAAUGAUCCUCAAAUAUUAAAGUGCUCGCAUUUGGUUUGGAUCAAACGUUCAAGAUUAACGAUACUCCACAAAAUAGUUCUAAUCUCUAUUGUCAACAGUUUUAAUAGUGGUUGUGAUGAUUGACUUUUAGUGGUUAUCUUCACAAGAUAAAAGUAAACAAAAAUCGGAACUUUAGUGGGGAUAUUUUUAUUCUUGAACAUUUGAUCUCGAUAUCCGCAUCCAAAGUGGUCACUCUAUUUAUAGGUCAAUGAUCCCUCAAUUAAAGCUUUUCCGGCAUGACCAUCACGGGAUCUGGAAAAGGAAUUUAAUUAAUCCGUAGAUCCGAAGAUCACAACAUAAAAAGUGAUUUUCAAAGUUCACUUUCAGCGUUUUUUAUAAAUCUUACACAUAUUAGGGGAACCCAUUUUUUGAAUGUCAAGCAUUUUGGAUUUAAUUUUUUUUAUAAGUAUUUAGUAAAGUUUAAGCAGAAAUAUAUAACAUUUAUUUUUA